AUGGUUAUCUUCAAGUCGCGACAGCCCCCAAUCGACCUACCUGCGCACCUGACAGAUUGGGACUGGUUGUUCGACUCUUCCUACUCCCCUUUGAGUAAGUUCCCACCAAAUGAGCUUGCUGGUUUCCAGAAUGCAAUUACGAAAGAGCGCGUGAACUGGGCAGAUGUCAAGAAGUAUUCCACCUUCAUCUCCACGGCUCUUGUCAAGAAAUAUGGCCUCAAGACCGGCGAGACAGUGUCCCUUUUUGGCCAAAACACUGUCUGGUACCCAGUUGCUAUGUUCGCAGGCUUGCGUGUUGGAGCGAAAAUCAGUGGUGCAAGUCCGGCAUACAAUGUUGAAGAAAUGACCUUUGCGCUCAAGACUGCGGAUUCAAAGUUUCUCCUGACGACACCGGGCAGUAUGGAAGUCGCAUCCGCAAGUGCGAAGGCUGCUGGAUUGCCACAAUCGAACAUAUUCCUGUUGGAAGGCGAGCUCCCCGGCUACACCACCGUUCAAGAGCUUAUUCGUAUUGGACAGUCGUACGGGGAGGACGGCCAGAGCCCUACAUUCAAGAUCCCACCAGGCAAAAAGAACAAGGAUGUCUGCGGUUUCCUCUCGUUCUCAAGUGGCACGACCGGCCUUCCCAAAGCUGUGAUGAUCUCACAUCAGAAUGUAAUCGCGCAGUGUCUCCAGAUCCAGCAAAUUACCCCGGAAACCCAGAAAAAGAUCAUGGCAGUACUCCCACUGUUCCACAUCACUGGUCUUGUCCAUCAAAUGCACCUACCCAUACUUCUCAACGCCGAAGUGAUCAUGCUCCCUCAGUUCACCAUGGAAGGAAUGCUCAACACAAUCGUCGAAUACAAACUCGGUGAACUGCUGCUGGUGCCUCCGAUUCUCAUCCGCCUCGUCCGCGAUCCAAUUGUCGACAAGUACGAUCUCUCCCAUAUCACACGCUUCUCAUCCGGUGCCGCGCCCUUAUCUGAGGAGGUCAUUCAGCUCCUGCGGAAGAAGUUCCCUAGCACAGGCUUCAAGCAAGGCUACGGCAUGACAGAAUCAUGCUCAUGCAUCACUGCACACCCGCCGGAGAAGUUCGACUACAAGUAUGCGCACAGCGGCGGUGCCAUCGUCGCGUCGACGGAAGUGAAGAUCAUCAAGCCGGAUGGCACAGAAGCCGGGUUCAACGAAGACGGAGAAGUGCUCGCCCGCGGUCCGCAGAUUGUUAUGGGAUAUCUUAACAACGCCAAAGCCACAGCAGAGACGUUUGACGCUGAUGGGUUUCUGCACACCGGUGACCAGGGCAGCAUCGACGAGGAGAACAUGAUUCACAUCAGCGACCGCAUCAAGGAGCUCAUCAAGGUCAAGGGCAUUGGCGUUGCGCCUGCGGAGCUUGAGGAUCUGCUGCUGGGCCAUGCCAAGGUGGAGGAUGUGGCAGUGAUGAGUGUGCCAGAUGAGUACAGCGGCGAGCUGCCGAAGGCGUAUAUCUCUCUCAAGCCGGGCAUUGAAGAGAGCGCGGCGGUGGGGAAGGAGAUCAUCGCGUACGUCAAGGAGAAGAAGGUCCGGUACAAAUGGUUGAACCAGGUCGAAUUCGUAAGUCUGGCAGUCCGUGUAGAGACUUUGAUACAACCGCUGAGCCAGUCCGACCAGAUCAAGGAGAUCCCCAAGUCGCCGUCCGGCAAGAUCUUGAGGCGCGUAUUGAGAGACAAAGAGAAGGCCAGCACGUUCGGCCUGGUGAUCAAGGAUGAAGCGAGACCGAAGCUAUAA